UGUUCAUAAGAUUCAAACAGACUUUGCAGUUAUCGGCUAUCGCAUGUUAGAAACAGAUUCACAACGUUUACGAGUUGUUGAAGAUAGCUUAGGCAAAAUCAAUGUCCCUUUAGAACGCUACUAUGGUGCACAAACCGCUAGAUCUCUUGAGAACUUCAAUGUUUGCACAAGAUCGGACACAAUGCCAUUGCAAAUUGUCUAUUCUCUAGCUAUGAUUAAAGAGGUUGCUGCUUGUACAAACUUCAAGCUUGGGAGAAUUAGUUCCAAACUCUCGGACGCCAUAGUAAAGGCUUGUCGCGAAGUAUACCAUGGGCAACAUGACAAUGAGUUCCCUCUCGUUAUUUGGCAAACUGGUUCUGGUACUCAGACUAAUAUGAACGUCAAUGAAGUUCUGUCGAGUAGAGCUAGUGAACUGAUUGAUGGUUCGCGCAGUUCUAGAUUAACUGUACAUCCCAACGAUCAUGUCAAUCUUGGACAGAGUUCAAAUGAUAUUUUUCCCACUGCUAUGAAUUUGAGUAUUGCAAUGGAAACUGCAUGGAAGGUUCUGCCGUCUUUGAAUCACCUCAUAAACGUGCUCAAAAUUAAGAUGCAUGAAUUUAUGAAUGUGAUCAAAAUUGGGAGGACCCAUAUGCAAGACGCUGUUCCAAUGAGCGUUGGACAAGAACUGAGUGGAUAUGUGAGUCAACUCCAGCAGGCAGUGGAUUCAAUUAAAUCACAAUUACCGUUGAUUUGUCAUUUAGCUGUUGGUGGAACUGCUGUAGGAACUGGGUUAAAUUGUUCUAAAGGUUUCGAUGAGGAACUCUGUGUAAGCUUAACACAGUUAACUGAUCGUCUCUACAGAACUAUGUACAAAGAAUCUACGCCCGUGAUAGAUCUCAUUUUCAAACCAGCGGAAAAUAAAUUUGCAGCUCUUGCAGGCCAUGACGCCUUAUUACAGUUAAGUGGUUGUUUUAAUACCACCGCUACAGCUUUAAUGCGUUUGUCUAAUGACUUUUGUUUGCUCAGCUCCGGACCAAACUGUGGCCUCAGUGAAUUUGUUUUACCGGCAAACGAACCUGGAUCAAGUAUUAUGCCAGGUAAAGUCAAUCCAACUCAGUGUGAAUCUCUACGAAUGGUUUGCUUGCAGAUAAUGGGUAAUCACUUCACAACUUCAGUGGCAGCAUCUCACGGUCAACUGGAAUUAAAUGUUUGUAAACCUUUAAUAGCUGCGAAUCUUUUACAUACGUGUGAACUGUUAACAGAUUCGACACGUUGUUUUGCUGAUAAAUGUGUCAGAGAUCUACAACUGAAUCGAGAAAAAAUCCAGGAAUACGUGGAUAAGUCUCUAAUGUUAGUUACGGUUCUAACGCCUCAUAUUGGUUAUGAUUUAUCAGCCAAACUGGUUCAACAUGCAUCGAAAUUCAAAAAAGGAUUGCGUGAAAGCGCGAUUGAGUUAAACUUGCUAUGUGGGGAAAAGUUUGAUGAAAUUGUUAAACCAAUGGAAAUGGCCUUUCCUCAUAACAACAAAUGAAUUCCAAAAAUUUCUCUUUUUGCCUUUUGUUACUUUGAUAGUUAACAGUAUGCUUCAAUCUAAUUCUAUAAACUUCUAAAUUUGGUGUUAUAUUAAGAAAAUAAGACAAACUAACUAUUUAAACAAGAAUUUUU